UUGACAUUGUCUAUGUCACCCGCACCGCUAUAAAAGCACAAGCAUUGGCCGAUCAUUUGGCAGAAAACCCAGUUGACGAUGAGUAUGAGCCUUUGAAUACUUACUUUCCUGACGAAGAGAUUAAUUCAGUUGAGGAAGAAGUUCGCGAUGACAGUCAUGUCUGGAAAUUAUACUUUGAUGGAGCGGUCAACAUUAAAGGUGUCGGGAUUGGGGCAAUUCUUAUUUCACCAAUGGGGCAUCAUUAUCCCGCCACGGCACGACUUCGUUUCUUCGGUACCAAUAAUACAGCGGAAUAUGAAGCUUGCAUAAUGGGUUUAAACAUGGCAAUACAUCUGGAUGCACAUGAAUUAAUAGUUUUUGGAGAUUCUGACUUACUCAUUCGGCAGGCUCAGGGUGAAUGGGAAACUCGAGACAUCAAGCUCAUUCCGUACAAACAAUGUUUGGAGGACCUUAGCAAAAGGUUUAAGUCAAUUGAGUUCAGAUAUAUUCCCAGAUUUCACAAUGAGUUGGCUGAUGCUUUGGCCACUUUAGCCUCAAUGCUUCCAUACCCAGGCAAUGCUUACAUUAAUCCGUUGGAGAUUCAGAUUAAGGAUCAACAUGGUUAUUGCAAUAUAAUUGAAGUAGAGCCAGAUGGUGAGCCAUGGUAUCAUGAUAUCAAAAGAUUCCUAAAAACACAACAAUAUCCAAUACAUGCCGAUAGAGAUCAAAAAAGAACUAUUAGGCGACUUUCCAAUAGUUUCUUUCUGAGUGGGGAGAUCUUAUACAAAAGGACCCCGGAUUUGAAUUUGUUGAGAUGUGUGGUACCCAAGAAGUUGAAAUGA